UCUCGAUGGCGUCCCCAAAUGGAACGGCGAAGAAGAAAUCCGUUUCCGGAAGGGUUAAAGUGCACCAGUUAGCAUAGUAGCCCCCCCGAUUCGCCAGUUUUCUCAGUUAAAAUGGAUGUAAAUCAGGCGAAACAGGAACACCUACUCGCAUUAAAAGUGAUGCGGUUAACAAAACCAACACUCUUCACAAACUUGCCAGUGACAUGUGAGGAUCGAGAUCUGCCAGGAGAUUUGUUUGGUCAGCUUAUGAGGGAGGACCCCUCCACCAUUAAAGGAGCAGAGACUUUAAUGCUCGGAGAGAUGCUUACAUUACCACAGAACUUUGGAAAUAUUUUCCUUGGAGAGACCUUCUCCAGUUACAUUAGCGUGCACAACGACAGCAACCAAGUUGUAAGGGACAUUCUUGUGAAGGCCGACCUACAGACCAGCUCUCAGAGACUCAACCUCUCCGCAUCAAACUCUGCAGUAGCAGAACUCAAACCUGAAUGCUGCAUUGAUGAUGUUAUCCAUCACGAAGUCAAAGAAAUUGGAACACACAUCUUAGUUUGUGCUGUCAGUUACACCACGCAGUAUGGGGAGAAGCUCUAUUUUCGAAAGUUCUUCAAAUUCCAGGUAUUGAAGCCGCUGGAUGUGAAGACAAAGUUCUACAAUGCAGAGAGUGACCUCAGUUCUGUGACAGAUGAAGUGUUCCUGGAGGCUCAGAUCCAGAACAUCACCACCUCGCCGAUGUUCAUGGAGAAGGUCUCUCUAGAGCCCUCCAUGAUGUACAACGUCACAGAGCUCAACAUGGUCACAGGCGGAGAUCAAGGGGAGUCCACCUUUGGGAAGAUGUCCUACCUGCAGCCCAUGGACACACGGCAGUACCUGUACUGCCUGAAGCCAAAGCCGGAGUACGCGGAGAAGGCCGGCGUCAUCAAGGGUGUGACGGUGAUAGGCAAGCUUGACAUCGUAUGGAAGACCAACCUCGGGGAGAGGGGGAGGUUACAGACCAGUCAGCUACAAAGAAUGGCUCCGGGGUAUGGAGAUAUCAGGCUGUCUUUGGAGGUGAUUCCUGACACGGUCAACCUUGAAGAGCCCUUUGACAUUAUCUGUAAAAUCACCAACUGCAGUGAAAGAACCAUGGACCUGGUGCUAGAGAUGUGUAACACCAGGUCGAUCCACUGGUGUGGUGUAUCCGGGCGACAGCUGGGAAAACUCAGUCCUGCUGCCUCCCUCUCUCUCCCCCUCACGCUCCUCUCAUCUGUCCAGGGCCUGCAGAGUAUUUCUGGACUGAGACUCACAGAUACAUUUCUGAAGAGGACGUACGAAUACGACGACAUCGCACAAGUGUGUGUGGUCUGCCCGUAUACGAGCAACAAGUGCUAGAAAUUUUAUUUAUCGUUUUGCCUUUUAGAUACGAGUGGACCAACUGUGGAAUUCGGACGCUGACAUUUCACUCUUUUUGCAACCUAAGGGGAUAAUGCUGUAUUUUAAAAUGAAUUGUGAAUAAUAUAAAUCACUUUCUUUGAAAAUGAUAAUGUAAAUGUGCAUAAAUGUUAAUAAAAUCUCUGUAAUCUUUGAUUUACUAUUGCUUUUAAAAAUGUAUUUCAUGGUGUCCGUUGUGGUUAUUGUCAUUAAAUCCUCUAGAGACAUAGAGAAGAAUAUUUGAUAAAAA